UAUUGUACACUAUUAGACAAUUGUGUACAUCUUUUCGAUAUUUUGUCAUUACUUAUUAGUUAUUACUCAUUAGUCUGAACCCGAAAUGGUAUCAUAAUGAAAUUCUGAAAUGUCUGAAAUUAUAGAUGACAGAUUUUUUGUAUAGUUAUCUGUUUGUAAUUAAUACCAGGCAAUAUGCAAACUAAUCAAUGUUUUGUUUGUGGUGGUAACGAUUUUACUGUUACUGAUGGUGCCUUUGUAUGUAAUGAAUGUGGAAUACAGUCUCAAAGUAUUAGAGAAGAACACAUAAACUUUCAUGAAGAUGUUAAUCAGAACUAUGAAGAUCCAACACAUAUAGAUCAUGAAAUAACGACUGGAUCUCAACUAGAAAAACCUAAGAAACUUUUAUCUUGGGAAUGUUAUAAUUUUAUACUUUUAGGACUUACCAAUGAGAUGAUUGAACUUGGAGCUAAACCUAGCUUAAAAAUUAUAGUGUUACAAUUAUGGGUUCAAUAUUUACAAUGCAUUGAAGUUGCGUUUACAUCAAAGAAAUUUAGGAAACUUCCAAAAUUAAACACAUCAAUAAUUAAUAUGGACUGUGAAAUUUUAUAUGGAGUUGAAAAUGUGAAAAACAAAAUUUUACAUGCAAAAAUUUGUAUGGUGCAAGGAAAUAAAAAAAAGAGAUGUUCCAAUAAAAGAAAAUCAUUGACGUCUAGUAUUAAUUCUAGUAUAACAAGCCUUAAUAAACGAAAUAUGUUUAGCCGAAAAAUAAAAAAAUUAGACCACUCUGCAAGAGAUUCAAAUAACGACUCAGUAGGGUUAUCAGAUGAUAUAAGUUUAUUGCAAAGAAGUAAUAAGUCAAGUAAAAUCAAAAUUAAAUUUAAAAAAAAUAUAAAAAAAUCUCUAACUACGAUGCCAUCAAAGACUAAAAAUCUUACUACUGAAGAAUCGUUAAAACUUUUGGAAUCUGGCAGCAAAUAUUGGACUAGUUUAAAAAAUAAAGAAAAAAAGAAUAUUUUAUCUAUUAAAAAACUGCUAUCUAUAUUACAAUUAGCUCUUAUGGUCAACGGAGAUGAUAUUUACCUAUCUGAUAUACUUAGAUGGAUUCAUGAAGGACAUUUGCAUAUAAAUCGUGUUAACCUUUUUUUACCAGUAAAUUCAAAGCACGGUAUUAAAUUUAAUCAAAUGGUGCCUAGUUCCAGAAGUAUAUUAAAUAUGGAAUUCCACAUGUUAUUGAAACAUUUAAAAGCUGAACGACUACCUAAUAUUGAUUUAAAAAAAAUAGUGAUGCGUUUUUCUGAUGAACUACAACUUCCAAAUGAUUUUACACAUUUUGUUUGCAAACUUGUGUCAAUAUCUCCUCCAAGUACUAAAUGUAACCGAAUAUUACCAGACAUAGAAGUUAAAGUAAUGGCUUACAUACUUUUUGCUGCCAAAUUUUUAUUUUGUCUUGAUGGUAACUCAGAAAACUUAUCCUCAGACUUUGCUGAAAAAAUUAACCAAUCAGAUAUAGUGGACAAAAAAUUGUUCAGCUGGAAUGGUUAUGUGCAAUACAUAGAAUUUAGAAAUUGUAUAGUAUCUAAAUAUAACUAUAAUCUGCAUGAAAAUUUGUAUGGAAACAAUAUACGCAACACUCAAUUAUUUAUCAACGAUUGGAAUAUGAUGAAGCCAACUUUACCUGUAAUAGAAAGAGACAAAAUAUGUAAAAGUUUUAGGGACAACACUGAAUGUUUACUUAAAUCAUUACCUGAUUUUGGAAGAAAAAAAAGUUAUAGAGAAAUUCCUGCCUCAACUAAACCAUUGUCUUCAACUUUAAAAUGGAUAGUUGAAUAUCAUUCAAUAGAAUUAACUAAUGAAGCAAAAACAAUACUAGAAAAUAAUUUUACUCAAACUGAUAUCUUAUAUCUAACUGAUGAAAAAAGAAUCUAUGAUUUAGCUGAUGAGUGUGGUGUACCUAUAAAAGUAAACUGCAGAAGUCCGUUACAUUAUACGAAACAAAAAGGUAGAGAUACUGUAGCAAGACCAUUAUAUACUUCUCAAACUAAAGUGUGUUUAGUAAAUCAAGAAGUAUAUAAAAAUAAACAAUAUGAAAUUACAAAUAGUUCCUAUGAAGAGAAACCAAAUACAAUAUUUUUAGGAACUGGCUCAAAUUAUUGGCACAUCCACAUUAGUAAAGACAUUUUAAAAAGAGCAGAAAUUUCCAAAAUAAAUAAAGUAUUUGAAAAAAAAUUACCAUACUCUUUUUUAUGGCUCAUGCAUCAGUGUAGUAGAGUUUUAGAUUGUCGUAUGCCUGAGUUAUAUUUGGAACUUAUGGAUUUGGAGAUAAAUUUCUCUACAUUUACUCAACCAUAUGAAACAUCUAAGCAAACCAAUUGUGAAGAAAUGUUUUCUAACAUUACUUUAUAAAUCACAUAUGUAAUUUUAUGAGCUAAGAAAAAAUUAUAAGUUAUCAUUUUCAUUGAUGUUGUUAUUUAUAACUUGAUCUCUAGUGAAUUUUAAAUUAUUUACAUGGUGAUGUAUAGUUUAUUUUAAUAAAAGCACAGUUUUAAUUAAUAGUAAAAAAAAUCCAUUAUUUCGGUUACGUUUCAAGUUCAGCCCUCCCUACCUAAAUGUUGUCCACUACUCUGCUCAUCUAAAUUAUAAAUACUUAUAAUUCAUAAACUACUCAUCCUAAAUUCGAUUUUUAUGUAUCAAAAUACUCAGAAAAAUAUUCUGCGUUCGAAGAUGAUAUUAAAACUGUAUGUUGGAAUUCGUAGUUCAAAAAAGUAAAAACUUUAAGGAUAAAAAAUAUUUAAAGAUAUAAUCUUUAUAAAAAAGUUGUUUUGUAAAGACUUGAAAUCAUGUAAAAAAAAAUAUGUAUGGACAAUUUAUGUGCCACCAUUUAUGUUUACUAUAUUGUAUUAUGUAACACAUAAAUUUACUAGGCAUAUGGACAUUAAUGUUUUUAAAUUUUUUAAUAUUUUAUGAUAAUGUUCAUAAAGUUUUAUAUUUUUUUUUAUACUUAGGUAUAUCUAAGUCCGUGAUGUUAUUAUAUUUAUGUAUUAUUUGGUAGGUACUCAUUAUGAUUGAAAUUUAAAAUAAUAAAAUUGUCUACUUUUAAUUAAUUAGGUAUUGUUAGGCAACUUAGGCUAUUAUGUAUAUUUCUGUUUUUUAUUUUAUUAAAAUGUAAAAUGUAUCAUAUAGUUUUAAAUAUUAUUUAAAAAAAAGUAAUUUACUUUUUAUAUAAUAAAAAACAUUAGAUUGUA